AUGUUCAAAGGUCAUGCCGAUGCUACCGCCAAAAGGUUUGGAGGAAAGGGUGGUGACAAAACCGAAUUCCUUGAUAUCGAUUAUCCGAACGAGCUUGUGACGGGCAUAAGUGGGACCGUGGGACAUUACGGCAGCAGUGGAAAUGUGGUGACUUCGCUUGAAAUAAUCACGAAUCGUUGCAAAUACGGACCUUUUGGGAAGCAAGCUGGCACUCACUUCAGCUUUCAUGCCGAGAAUGGAGUCAUAAUCGGGUUUCACGGCCGAGCAGACUCCUUCAUGAACGCCAUUGGCGUCUACCUUAGGAAGGUGUCCGUGAAGAAGGAACCAGAAGUGAAGGUAUCCGUGAAGAAGGAAUCGAAAGUCAUUAAAUUACCGAUCCCUGUGCCACGAAGCUCCGGACCUUGGGGCAAUGUUGAAGGAGGCAAACCGUGGGAUGAUGGAGUCUUCUCCAAAGUCAAGGAAGUCCACCUUUACUUGUGUGUCCUUAAAAAUAUCAUAUGUGGUGUCCAGUUUAUUUACGAGAGGAGAGAUGGUUGUGAUGUUCUUUCUCCUUUGCAUGGUGGUGGCUUGUCUGUCGGAAGAGUCGAGAAGCUUAAGUUGAACGAGGACGAUUUCGUGGUCGGCGUGGAAGGUUUUUACGGGCCCAUUGAGGGGGUCGAUGCGAUUAAAUCGCUGAAGUUUUACACGAAGAAGAGGGGAUGGGGUCCUUUUGGUAUGGAGGUUGGGAAAUAUUUCAACUCGAUUAUGGGUAGCAAUGGAGUCGUGGUUGGGUUUUGUGGUUCAUCGGGUGGAACCUACUUGAGUGCCAUAGGUGUGCACAAGGAGUAUUUUUGA